UACAGUGGCCAGCAGAGUUCCGCCGAGUACAGGGAAGACUCCCUCCUUUCAGCUGGCUGGUACCUUCCUGGGAAAUUUCAUACAUGGUGUAUCCUUUGCCUGCAGUACAACAGGGCCACCAGUGGACGGGAGAGUCGUAACCAGGACAACUGUGCCCCCUCCCCCACUGUCGUCUGCUCCCAUCCAGGCCACCAUGGAGGGUGUAGCUGUAGACAACCUCAUCGACUUCGACCUUCCCACCUCUCCAGAGGACUCGGCACCCCCCUCGGAUACUCCCCCCAGCGCGGUGCUUCUACACAGGGACAUUUUUUCAAGCGAGCCCCUGGUCCCAAAUCUGGCCUCCUUUGCCCAGCCAGCCCCUUUGCUCGCUGAGCCCAUGGCCCCCAUGGCUCCCACUGCUCCAGAGGGGCCCUCGGACACCCAGCAGCACGCAGGCGGGGAGGGGGGCGUCGACAGCGACGCCACCGAAUCAGCCGAUAGCGACAACGACAUGGACCUGCCCUCUGAGCGGUGGGAGCUGAGACGGUCAUCCUCCUCGUCCAAUCACAGCGCGGAGGAGGGUGGGGCAGAAGCAGGGGAGAGGCGGGGCUUUAUGAAGGCCUACGUAGAGAAAGUGUUUCAUGGAAAGGAGGACUUCGACAUGGAGGAGAAGGCUCGAUUCGGGGAGCUGUGUUGUGAAGAGAACUCCAAGGGCAGGGAGUGGUUUGCAAAAUACGUCAAUGCGCAGCGCUGCAACUCCAAGUGUGUGAGCGAAGCCACCUUCUACAGACUGGUGCAGUCGUUUGCAGUCGUGCUGUUUGAGUGCUACCAGAUGGAUGACUACAGUCCAGCCAAAAACCUAAUGACCAUGUGCUUUACCUACUACCACAUUGGUAAGGUCCAGCUGUCUCCUACUGAGCUGCUGGACCAUGGACCGCCGGUCGGACUGGACUCCUACCUGAACAAGACCAACUCGUGGCUGACGGGCAAGAAGGGCGCCGCGGAACGCCUCCUCAAAACCACCUCGGCCAGGACCGAAGUCAAAGGCUUCUUCGGAGGCCUGGAGAACAAGCUGAGGGGGCCGAGCGCUCGCAGGAACGAUGAGGGAGAGAGCCCGAUUGAGACAAAGCCCAGAACUCCAGUGUCGUCUGAUGGCCCUGAGGAAAGAAAAGGACAGAAGAUUUACCUGUACACACACCUGAAGCAGCAGCCCAUCUGGCACACGCUGCGCUUCUGGAACGCGGCCUUUUUCGACGCCGUCCACUGCGAGAGGAAGAAGAGGUCGCCCACCACCAGGGAGAAGUGGUGUCACAUGACUGAGGAGGAGAAGGAGGACAGCUCCAGGUUCAACGAGAACAUCGCCUUUGGCCAGCUAGGGACCUUCACACACAACAUGUUGGCCUUUGGCCUCAGUAAGAAGCUCUGCAAUGACUUCCUGAAGAAGCAGGCCAUCAUCGGCAACCUGAAUGAAGAACAGUACAAGCUCCUGAGUGACCACAUAGACAAGAUGGCUGUGGAAUGAACACUGAAGAACAACAGAACAGGACGCUGUUCCCAUGGCGACCACCAUUACCAGACACCAGUCUGCCAUAGCGUCUGAACUCUGACCCAAUUUUCUGUGCACUUUGACCCAACGUUAAACUCUAACCCAACCUACUUUGAACUCGGACCCAAUUCACUCUGACCCAACUGACUCCAACUCAGCAAGCCUACUGGCCAGUAUAUAACCCCUCACCAGCAAUAACACACUACGUUCACCACAAAUAUAUCUGAUCAUGUAGUCCAGCCAUUGUGGCCACAUCCUGCUCCUCUUACCUCAGUCAAGCCACGCGAACAAUGUCAACACGCCAAGCUUGUCAGUGUUAAGGCCUCUACGUCCAUGUAGGUGUCUCCUGUCUCUGAUCCAGAGCUCCUUUCCCGUGUCCUGGUGUGGCAGCCGCCUGCAUGCAUCCUGAGUCUGGUCUGUGUCUGAGACACACGUAGGUGACAGACCAUCUGCAUAACAAUAGAACAUGUUUAUCCUCUGUACAGUAUGUGUUGUGUGUGUCUGCCUCUGCUCUCCUGAAGUAGAUCAUGUUUAUAUUCCCCCCCCCCCCCCCCCAGUAACACGUUAGUCAUCACCCCCACCCCACCCCCCAAAGACACCCUGCUCAGAACCGUGUCCUUACAAAGGAUGUGAUUGGACGUACUUUGUGUCCAGUGCUUAAUGACCUUUUGAGCAUGAAGCCCCUCCCUCAGUCCGAAGUGCCUUGUCUCUCAAACCCUGACCUGAGGACAUCUCUCCUCGCCUGUGUCUGUUGAAAGCCAUCACCCCCGUACAGUGACGACAGCUAUCAGAGAAACACUAUACGGUCCUAAUGACCCGCGUAACCUGUAAAAUGUCCUGUUCUAAAAGGAGACUUAGCAAAAUCAUUUGGAAGUCUUAGUCCGUCCAGGGUAGAGUAAGUUUGCCUGCUAGUGGAUGACGUGCAAUGUGCAGGUGUUUUUGUGUGAGUUCUUCCUGACGUAGUUGCAAUGACCAUGUUAGGUGUUGGGUCGAGCUAGACCCCAGACAUGUCUGUGUUUGUGUCUGUAUGUACAUGUGUUCCUAACCCAGCUGCAUGAGAGCCUCUGUGAGCGUGCUCGUAGCUCUUUACCGUCACCACGCCGUCCGUGCUUUGUGCAUGCGUGCUCGCCUGUGGCAUGUCGAACAGCAUUGUCCUGAAGCAUGCAUGGACUCUCUAGGUCAGACGCACUACUGUGUUUGGCCUCCAGGUGGCACUGUAGUUUAAAGCUUUUAAAUGGGGGUAGAAAUGAUGUGAUGAGUGAACGGUUAUUUAAUAUUUCCUGAGGGACAAAGAGAUAAACAAACUGAUACAUACAGGAUGUGUUCUCACUAUGGGUGUUUGUUUUGUUCUUUUUUCUGCUGGAUCCAAGUACUCUAACAUGUUUUCCUAAAGAUUAUAGUAUAAGUCUUGACGACAAGUCUAAAUCACUUGAUUAUUUCUAGUAUUUCUAUUUAUAAUAUAUUUUUUCACUCGAGUUUCAUCGGCUCUAUUGCGUAAAAUCAUGUGACUGUAUUGUGAUCUUCUGCCUACCGUCUCCAUGGAUACCUAUUUCUUAAUGCGAGCCUUGAAGUGCCCUCUCAUCCUUUUUCCCCGAACAAGUCAUUCAUCAAAAGGUUUAACUGGUGUGUGGGAACGUUUAAUAACGUUUCAUCCUUGUUCACUGCAUCUGUGUCUGUCUGUUCCUCUUGUGUGUUCUGCUGUGGCUUGAGCUCCUGUCCCUCUGCUCCUCCUUCAGUCUUCCACCACCUCCUCCCCCCCUCUCUCUCUACUCAGUCCCUCACUAUCAUCCCAUUGUUGUCCCCCCACUGGCCCCCUCCCUCACUGGACCAGUGAGUAGACCACAUUCCUCCUCUCGGAUCCCUCCCCAGUCUUGUGACUUCAAUAGCUCGGCUCCUUUACAUAGCCCCUGUUGUGAAACCACUGCUUGUGUAUUACAACUAUUUGUGUUGUGUUUGCAUGGAUGUAUGAUUAUGAAGGAAUAUGUCGCCGAUAAUAAAUAUAUUUUAACGUGAA